AUGCCAAAAUUAAAUAGUGGAGCAGCAUCAGGAGCUUCACGUGCUGAUAAAAAAAAUGAAGAUCCUCUUGAUGCUUUAUUAGUCUAUGAUGAUAAUGGAUAUUUGCCAAUACAUCGAGCAGCUUUUCAUGGGCAUGAAGCAACGAUAAGAAAUAUAUUAGACGAUGCAUUACAACGAGCUGAUCUUCAACAACAGCUUGAAGCUCGAACUGAAAAAAACGAACUUACACCAUUACUACUAGCAGUUGCUGUUGGACGAUUGGAAAUUGUUGCAUGUCUACUUAAAUAUCGAGUUGAUGUAAAUGCAGUGGAUGCAAAUGGAAACGGUAUCGCUGCCAUAGCUGCUCUAUCGCAAAAUGAACGUACGCUUCGCUAUAUUAUUGAUUUACCUUUUCCAAAUGAUUCAUAUAAUGUUUGGAAGCCUUUAUUUAAAUUAUUUGCUUCGUUGAGUGACGACGAAAGUAUAGUAUGUGGUCGCGCCCUUGAGCUAAUAACUCGUCGAGAACCGAAUAGUCAUCGGCACUGUCCAUAUUGGCCAACUAUGGUUGAAAAUGGCCUUGUGCCAACAUUAAUUCAUGUAUUUACUGAAUCGAAAAAUGAUGAUGUACUCGUAAGCGCAUAUCUUUUACUAUUGAAUUGUGCUGUAGAAUAUCCAGCUGUUAAAAAUGAAUUAAUAUCGAUUAAAACUGCAUUUAGUUCAAUGUUAAAACAUACAUGUUCGGCCAACAGUCAAAUUGUUACGUUACUAGGUCGUGUACUAGCAUGUCUAAGUGAAAAUAAGUCGUUAAUCGUGCCAAUGGUUGAUCAAGGUCUCCUCGAAGCAUUAAUGAUACUUGUUAAUAAAGAACGUUCACCGCAGAUCAUUGCUUCCUAUUUUGAUUGUUUAGCUAAUAUUGUUUCAUAUUCACCUGAAUAUCAAUUGAAAUUGGCUAAUUCUCAAGAAUUUCUUUCAUUAUUGAUAAAUCAUUAUUUGGAAGAAUUUGAUUUACGUUUAUCAUUGUCUGCUGUGCGUUUUAUACGUGAGUUAGUACUUAAAAAUGAGCAAAUACAAAAUGUACUUGCCAAAACUGGUGCCUGUGAACAUUUGCUGAGUGCCCUAUCAGCAUCAUCGAAAGAUUUACAACAAGUUGCGAUUGAAGCCAUACAAGCAUUGAGCGAUAAAAAUGUUCUUGUGCAACGUCUUAUGCUGCGUGAAAAUGCUCUUGAACAAUUAUUAAGUUUAUUAGAAAAAACAAAUCUAUCAAGUUUACAAAUAGCGAUUGUUUGCACAUUGUGGACGCUAUGUGGAAAUAGUUCAUUACGUAAACGUGAAGUUGCAACGCGUAUCGGUGUAAAAAAAUUAAUUGGCUUUUUUAGUAUUAAAUCUGAUGAGCAUCUAUUGGCUAUUACUGAUGCACUUGGAGAAUUAGCGAAACGAACAGCAAGUAUAAAAAUGAAUAUACAAGAAGAAAUAAACCGUGCACAAGGAAUACCAUAUUUGAUAAGAUUAUUGAAAUCCGAUAAUGAAACACUUGUUUUAAGUGUUUUAAAAACAUUACAAUUACUUGCAUGUGCACCUGGUUAUGUUUCAAAUCGGCGGAAUCAAGAGACUAUUGCUAAAUUCGACGGUGUUACAAUCAUGGUAGCAUUAAUGUUUCAUGCUAAAAGUGAAAUCGUUCAAGUGGAAGCUGCACAAGCUUUAGCUUGCGUUGGAUUAAUAAAUCCUCAAUGUGCCUUGAUCAUUGAAAAUACAUUAGAAUUUUCCUAUGAUCACCUUUUUAGUUUAAGGGACUCGGAAAAUCCAAUGGUACAAUUAAAAGCUACGAACGCAUUAGCUACAUUUGUCUACAACAAUCCACGUGUACAAUUACAUAUUGGCCAACAUCAUCAACUUCCAUUUGGUUAUUUUGAAAGUUUUCUUCAAACUAAUAAUGAUCAUAUGCGAUGUGCAGCAGCAUUUCAACUUGUUGUUUUGUCUGGUUUAAUUCGUGAACGAACACAAUCUGAUAAUACGGCUAUUGGUUGUGGAAUUCUUAUUGAUAUUCUUCGAAAAACUCAAUUGGAAGAAGCAAAAUCAGAAGCUGCUGAAUGUUUAGCUCGACUUGCACACUUGAAAUCAGGUGUGCCACAAGCAUUAAUUUCAGUGAAUGCAAUCGAUUAUUUAUGUGAUUUAUUUUCAUCAUCACAUGACACAACAAUUGGUAUUGCUUCAGUGGCACUUGGAUUUUUAUCAUAUGUUCCUGAAGGACAACGAAAAUUAUUACACAGAUGCCGUGGCGAACCUGAUAUAAUGGCUUUUCUCCAAGUGUAUAAUUGUCUACCUGGCAAGCAGCCUCGUAUAUCAAAGCAUCUGCUCGAAGAUUGGAAUCGAUAUAAUGUUCUCAAAUUACCGAAAUUACGAUCCCGAGGGUCAAAUAUUCGAUAUUUUAAAGUUCUCUCAAACAAUAUCGAACGAUUACGAGCAGCACCACCAUCAACUCUUGACAUACAACCGACAACAUCAACAGCAAUCAAAUUCUACUUACCACCUAUUCGACAAAAAAUAAAAUAG